CCCAGCACCCUAAAGAGUUCACUGUGCCUGGUUCCAGUCUACUGCCACCAUCCAGACCUGAGGCCUGGUACUGACUAACACCAUCACGGUCUACGCUGUGACCGGCAGAGGGGACAGCCCAGCCUCCAGCACACCCAUUUAUGUCACCACAAGACAGAUAUUGACUCUCUUUGGAGAUGAAGGUGACCGACGUUAAGGACAGCACCAUCACUGUGAGGUGGUCCCCGGCCCAGGGGCCGUCCAAGUACAGGAUCACUGGGGUCCCCAAGAACGGACAGGGUCCCUCCUUUGAGACCGUUGCUCCAGAUCAGACUGAGAUGACGUUCUCUGGCCUGCAGCCCACGGUAGAGUACAUCCUCAGUGUGUAUGCUCUGGGACAAGACGGAGAGAGCCCUCCCCUGGUUGAGACUGCUGUCACUGCCGUGGGUCGCCCCACAGACCUGACCUUCUCCAACGUUGACUCCACCUCCAUGACCAUUUCCUGGGACUCGCCCGACGGCCAGGUGACGUCGUACCGCGUCCUGUACGCCAGCCCCGACGAGGGCGAGAGGGAGCUGCGCCCCGCACCCCGCGGAGACGAUGAAUCGGCAACGAUCCACGGCCUACGACCCGGAAGUGAAUACACUGUGAAGGUCAUCGCCAUGCACGACCGUACUCCCAGUCCUCCGCUGGUGGGCGUUCAGGCCACAGCCAUCCCUUCCCCCACCAACCUUGAAUUCUCCCAGAUCACCUCCUCCUCCUUCACCAUCAACUGGCGCACCACGUCCAAUGCCCGUCUGACCGGGUACCGGGUGGUCGUCAACCCCAAGAACAAAAGCGGUCCCACCAAGGAGAUGAAUGUUGCUCCUGACACCACACAGGUCCACGUGCCGGGACUCAUGGUUGCCACUAUGUAUGAGGUGCACGUUUACGCCCUGAAGAACUCUCUGACGAGCCGCCCAGUUCAAGGAGAGGUCACAACACUGGACAGUGCGGGAAUCAGGGGCGAUGGUCCUCUGGAUGGGGUGCGGACCUCCGGUGGUGGGCGUGGCCUCAACCAGGAAGCCAGAGAUGGUCUCGGUCUUGGAUCUCCAGCUAAGCCUGUGGUGUCUCCCCCCACCAACAUCCGGUUCACCUCUCUGACCCCUAGCAGCAUCUCCUUUACCUGGGAGGGGUCCCGUAGUGCCGGGGUCACCGGGUAUUACGUCACCUACGAGGAGGCGGGGGGCAUCCCCCGGGAACUCACCCCGCGACCCACCGCUUCCCGCAGCCAAGCCAUCAUCACCGGUCUGAAACCAGGAAGUGAAUACGUCAUCAAGAUCGUCACCCUGCAGAAUGCUCUGAGAAGCACUCCUCUCGUGGGCAAGGCUAGAACUCAACUGGCAUCCCAGCUCCCUGUGUCCCACCGGCCCAGCCCCGACAUCCUGGAUGUGCCCGAGGACGAGGUUAACCCCAACUUCCCCACCGACCUCGACUUUAACCCCAGCAACCCUAGUUUCAACACCAACCCUAAUGGAAACCCCAACUACCCCCCCAACACCAACCCCAACUAUAACGCCAACCCAAACGGGAACCCCGACCAGUUCAACCCCAAUGGUAACCCCAACUUCCACGUGAACCCCAAUCCUAACUUCAACUUCAACCCCAAUGGGAACCCCAACACCAACCCAAAUGGAAAUUUCAACGUGAACCACAACCAGUUCAACCCUAACAGCAAUCCCAACACCAACCCGAAUGGGAACCCCAACCAGUUUAACCCUAAUGGUAACCCCAACCCUAACUUUAACUUCAACCCCAAUGAGAAUCCCAACACCAACCCCAAUGGGAACUUCAACGUGAACCCCAACCACCCCCUCAACCCUAAUGGCAACCCCAACCAGUUCAACCCCAACACCAAUCCUAACCCUAACUUUCCCUUCAACCCCAACACCAAUGCCAACACCAACCCUAAUGGGAACCCCAACUUCUAUGGCAGCGCCAACCAUAACCCCAUUUUUAACACCAACCCUAACUUCAACCCCAAUCCCAACCUUCCCCUCAACCCUAACGGGAACCCCAACGGGAACCCCAACCCCAACUUCAACACUAACCCUAACCCCAACUUCAACACCAACCCUAACGGGAACCCCAAUACUAACCCCAACCCUAACGGGAACCCCAACACCAACCCUAACCCCAACGAAGAUACGGCUCUGGUCAUCUCCUGUGUGACUGUGCUGGCCCAGGUCGUGUCCGUGGCGUUCGUCCCCCACGCAGCUGGACUCUGGUUCUCCAUUGAAGUUGUGGGUUUAUCCAUUUACUUUCCCCUCAACCCCAACGGGAACCCCAACACCAACCCUAACCCCAACUUUCCCCUCAACCCCAACGGGAACCCCAACUUCAACACCAACCCCAAUGGGAACACCAACCCCAACUUUCCCCUCAACCCCAACGGGAACCCCAACUUGAACCCCAACCCCAACUUCAAUGAGAACCACGUCCAGCUGGUGGGGACUAACGGCCAGGACACGCUGGGCCAGCACAUCUACACAGAGUACCAGAGCCUGGGCCCCAACCCCAACGUCAGGGACAACCAGGGCCCAGCUAUCCACCACCGUGAACCCCUGGUCUACAUCCCCGUCCCAGGCCCCGAUGGCCAGAGAGUGCCCCUGGUCCGGGUGAGCGAGGGUCCGUUAUCUGGUCUUCCGUUUGGGUUCCCUGAGAAUGAGACCGGGUUUGGGGUGCCGCAGGAGGCCCAGACACACACAACCAUCUCAUGGCAGGGUGUUCCCCAGAGCUCAGAGUACAUGGUAUCCUGUAGCCCCAUCACCAACCUCGAAGAGAAGAUGUUCCAGAUGCGAUUACCAGGAACUUCUACCAGUGCCACUCUGAUCGGGUUGACGUCAGGAGCCUCCUAUAACGUCAUUGUGGAGGCCAUGAGAGGGCAGGGCAGGGAGAAGGUCCUGGAGGAGAUAGUCACCGUUGGCAACGCUGUUCCGGGAGACCACCACCCCUCCAACAGAGACGUGUGUUACGACACGUUCACAGCCACCUACCAUGACGUUGGGACCGAGUGGGAGCGCAUGUCUGAGACGGGCUUCAAGCUGUGGUGCAGGUGUCUGGGCCUGGGCAGUGGCCAUUUCAGAUGUGAUUCAUCCAAGUGGUGUCAUGACAGCGGGAACAACUACCGCAUAGGAGAGAAGUGGGAUCGCCACGCUGAGAACGGUCACAUGAUGAGCUGUACUUGUUUAGGCAACGGGAAGGGAGAGUUCAAGUGCGAGCCACAUGAGUCGACGUGUUAUGACGAGGGGAAGAUGUACCAGGUGGGCAACCAGUGGCAGAAGGAAUACCUGGGAGCCAUCUGUACCUGCACCUGUUACGGAGGACAGCAGGGCUGGCGCUGUGAGAACUGCAGACGACCGGGAGCUCAGACUGAUGUAGAUGUGGAUCUGCUACAGCCUCAAAUACACCAAGACGCUUUCGAUCGCUACAGGGAGAACGCCCUGAAGAAACUGAACAUCCAGUGCCCUAUAGAGUGUCUGAGACCAGAUCUCCUAGCAGACGUACAGCAACCCUCCGAGUAAAGAAGGAGAGGAGAACCACAUCCUCCUCCUGAUCCUCUAGUCACAUUACAGGACCUUCAGAAAGUAUUACCAUCCCUGGACUUAUUCCACAACUUGUUGUUACAGCCUGAAUUCAAAAAUGGAUUAAA